AUGACCACUGAGAUGGAUUCUGCUGCUGGGCUGCCCAAUGGAAAUGGAGCAUCUGGCGUGUGUGAGGAUGCUACCGCUCUUAAACGUGCGGCGUCUCCAAAGCGAGGACAUGGCAAUAGGGAAUUUCAUGAAGUAGCGAACAAAGGCCAAGAAUCCACCAGCAGGAGCCUACAUACGUUACAAACGCCGGAAUCGGGUACCAGGAAGGAGUCGAAGUCUGCACCAGCAACACCGCCUUCUAUACCGCAUGUGGAGAUCAAUCAAGUGUCGCUUGCGACGCUGAUCCGGAAUCUGACGGUAUUCACUGUGAAGGAGAUUUCACAGUUUAUGAAAACUAAUGUACACGUUAAUCCACAGGAGCCGUCGUCGAUGAAGAAAUUCCGAUUUUUGCAAUUAAUAAUCUUCGUCAGAAACCAAUUUUUGAAACUGUAUGUGCUAGUUAAGUGGUGCCGCACAAUCAAGAACAAUAACUUUCACACCAUGAUCGAUCUAUUGAACUGGUUCAGGAUCACUAAUGCUACAGUCAACAACUGCAUAUGGGCCCUUAAGAAUAAUGUUACUGCUAUGGCGAAUGCAAAACUCCCCAACGCUGAUCUGUCAACAGCUUUGGAAGUGCUCAGUCUGGGGAGAACAAACUUGCCGAUGCACAACUUCAAAGUGGGCAGCGAUGGAGAAGCAGAAACAGCGCCCGGCGGCAUGCUGAAAAUUCCCUCGAAACUGGCUUUGCGUAGGCUGAAAGACCUUAACACAGCAGUGCGCUUGAAGAUGGCAUUGGUCGAGCUACCUACUCAAUUUCAAAAUUAUAAUAUAAAAAAUGGAAGGGUAUACAUUACCGUGGCAGAUGAAUUUGAAAUCCAACUAGCAACGAUAGACUGUCAUGCCCCAUUGUUCUUUGUGGAUUUGCAAUUUCUUUUCGCGGAUCGCAAUCUAGCACUGAAUAAACUACGAAUCGAGAAGGUCAUUAACGAAAUUCUAUUCAAGAGCAGCAAGCCCAUGAUGUCUCUCUAUAAUUUUUUGCACAAGUACGUGCUCACAUUACAACUUUACAUGGUACAUUCAGAGCUUUCAGACCUAGAAAGUGGAGGUAAAUUUUCUGGCGGAAACUUGGUUCAUAGGUACGAUUCAAAGAAAAGCAUCAUAUCUGUCAAAUACUGGCUUCACAGCAAAAUGGGAGAAAAAGCAAAGAUUACCAUUGGCGUUGAAAAAUCAAGCGAGAGCUUGGUUUUGAAGUGGGACAACCGCCUUGCGGCGGAUUCUGGGAUGCCUGUUGUGUAUCACAACGUCGUGAAGGAUCUGGAAUCGAUACUAGACGAGAUUAUGUUCAACCACUCCUAUUUGAUAAGAGCUGAUCUGCUCGCCAAAGGUGUGUUCCAGGAAGACGAAGAGAAUUCGGAUGUUCUUCUUUUUCAAAUGCCUGCCACAUGUCUCUCUGUAGCACCGAUUCAACUGAAAAUUGAUACUGUUAGCGGCGUCUUUUAUUUCAGAAAUCCGACACCUCUUCUUUUGAGAUAUGUGAACCAGAUCAAUCGAGCCGAAAAUGCGGAGGAACUGACAGCUGUUUUGCAAAAGCUGAAGCUGGAAAAAAUCACACACAUUCUGCGCAAUAUGUUUGAGAAGACCGGCUGGACUUGCAGUCGAGUCGUAAAAUUAGACCGGCCGAUUGAAUCCCAAACUACACACAUGGAUUCUAAUGACUCACUCCUACAGGAUGAUCUCUUCAUAUGUUUACCAAAUUGGCUGGCUAACUGGUAUCUUAUACUUACGGUUAUAUCAUCUAAUACAUCAUGCGUGGUUGAAAAACGAAUUGGUAAAGUAAUAUCCAACAAAGGAAAGUGGCAAUUGACUUACUUAGGCAAAUCAAGCGUGACCACUGCGAAACUCGAAACAAUCACUUACCAAAAGCUGCUCCAUCUACAAAAGACAAUAUUCCAUAAGAUUGUGAACCAUAUGAUCAUAGAUUCUUUGAAUCAAUUAAAAAUUCGGAACAAAAUAUGUGCCAGCGAGUUCGUAUCUUCUUCGCUGCCCCCCUACAUCGCCGAAGGCAGCACUACAGGCGACGGUGAGCUCUGUAUCUCAAUCAUUGCGCUCGAAUUAGAGUCAUUCUUGGAAGGUUCGAAAGCCCUGAACAGCAUAUUAGAGAGCUCUAUGUUCAUGAAAAUCGAUUAUUCAAGCUCGCAAAUAAAACUGUUUGGUAAAUUCAAGCGCGACACUAAGAUGAUCAAGUGCGAAUGUGAUGAGCUACUAAUACACUUUGUACCUCAAGACUCAUUAGCCUUUUACCUUUGUGAGAGCUUCACCAAUUUGAACGUCAUAGCACAAUAUCUAACCAAGUUUAGACAAAAGUUAAUGCAGCUCGUGGUGUUGACAGAUGUCGUAGAAAGACUACACAAAAAUUUUGCAUCAGAGGACUUCAAGAUUGUAGCACUGAAACCGAACGAGAUAUCUUUCAAAUACCUGAAGAAUAGCGACGACACCCAAGACUGUACUAUUAGCAUUAUAACUAACGACCAAACUGUGGAAAACCUGACAGUGCAACUUUCGCCUUCCAACCCGCAGCACAUCAUUCAACCAUUCAUAGACAGUGGCCAUCUGGAUUACCAUUUCAUCUUCGACUACCUGCAAUUUACUUCUUCUCUCUUUAAUGUCCUGAAGAACAUUCUCAUCGAGAACCAGAGCCGCGGCGAGAGCUACACGACAGUUGAUCUUGGGCUUCACAACCUAUGCGAAUGCCAACUCCUCUACCAUAAUCCUGAAGUGGGAACCAAGAUAACCCUCAUUAUAGAGCUCAAGAAUGUAUCUCACAACGGGAGGAGCAAAAGCCAGUUUUACAUACAUUUCUCAGAAGAUGAACACAUAUCGACAAAAUCACUGGCAUAUCCAUUAGUGCACAGGGUCCGAAACCAAGUUUUCAUGCUGGAGAGCAAGGACAGCAACUCAUCCAAGAUCGCACAAAAGUAUCCCAACGCGGUCAAACUAGUGGAAGGCAUUUCCUGCGAUUCGGCGGACGUAGAGCCGAUUUUGCUGGAGAUUCACAGCAUUCUAAAAACAGAUAGCAAUAUUGCAGUCGAAGCAACAGAUGGCAUAUCUUCGGCCGCGUCCGCCUCAAUCCCAGCCACAACUUUAUGA